GUCACGUGGUUGAGUCAGCUGAUGCUAAAGCUAGGCUAGCAGCUGGACGGACUGUUCUCCUGCACAGACGGAUCUGACAGUCGGUCAGAAUGCCUUUCUCCGAGUUGUAUUUUAACGUUGAUAACGGUUAUCUGGAGGGACUGGUCAGAGGCUUCAAAGCAGGAAUACUGUCCCAGGCAGAUUAUUUAAACCUCGUUCAGUGCGAGACGCUGGAAGACCUGAAGCUCCACCUCCAAAGCACAGACUAUGGCAGCUUCUUGGCUAACGAGGCAUCUCCACUCACUGUAUCUGUCAUCGAUGACAAGUUGAAGGAGAAAAUGGUGGUGGAGUUUCGCCACAUGAGGAACCAGUCGUACGAGCCACUCGCAAGCUUCAUGGACUUCAUUACGUACAGCUACAUGAUAGACAACGUCAUCCUUCUGAUCACAGGCACUCUGCACCAGAGGGCCAUCUCUGAACUGGUGCCCAAGUGCCACCCGCUGGGCAGCUUCGAACAGAUGGAGGCCGUCAACAUUGCUCAGACUCCUGCUGAACUCUACAAUGCCAUCCUGGUGGAUACGCCCCUUGCUGCAUUCUUCCAGGACUGUAUAUCUGAGCAGGAUCUGGAUGAAAUGAACAUUGAAAUAAUUCGUAACACACUUUAUAAGGCUUAUCUGGAGGGUUUCUAUAAAUUUUGCUCCAACCUGGGAGGAACCACAGCAGAUACCAUGUGCCCCAUUCUGGAGUUUGAGGCUGACAGGAGGGCUUUCAUCAUCACCAUUAACUCAUUUGGCACCGAGUUAUCCAAGGAGGACCGAGCCAAGCUCUUCCCUCACUGUGGAAAGCUUUAUCCAGAAGGCCUAGCUCAGCUUGCCCGGGCGGACGACUAUGAGCAGGUCAAGGCUGUUGCUGAUUACUAUCCUGAGUACAAACUGCUUUUUGAGGGCGCCGGUAGCAACCCAGGAGACAAAACACUGGAGGAUCGCUUCUUCGAGCAUGAGGUGAAGCUGAACAAACUGGCUUUCCUCAACCAGUUCCACUUCAGUGUUUUUUACGCUUACGUCAAGCUGAAGGAGCAGGAGUGCAGGAACAUCGUCUGGAUUGCUGAGUGCAUUGCCCAGCGCCACCGCGCCAAGAUCGACAACUACAUUCCCAUCUUUUAAGCAUAGUCUUCCUCUCAUUAUCAUUUCAUUCAGUUCUUUGUCCUAUACAGUGUCUCUAGUCCCACUCAGGUACAAUUUAAAACAUGUCAUCAGCUUUGGAAAAAGAACAGCAGAGUGAGAGGAGCAGAGGUGGCUGCUGCUGCUUUCACGUGCUUCAGAAAAGCAUCUUCUGACUCAUUUGAUUUUCAAAGGCUUGCCAGUGAUCAUCUAAACAUUCUUCACGGUUUGUUGUUUUACACAGCACGCGUUUGUCACUUGGCACGUCACCUUGAUAAACUAAACCAGGAGAAUAAUUUGCAAGUUAACUUAAAAAUCAACACACUUUGACAGUGAAGCCAUGAAGCUUCAUUUGGUGUCUGCAGAAAUCACUGAUCAUAAAUUCUUCUCUCAGCACUUCCAUCAGAGGCUUUGCUGUCAGCUGUGCUACAGUCACCGCUGAUAUCCAGGUUCGUGGGGCAGUUCAGUAAAAUGCAUCCUAUAUCUGAUGCCUUGAGUCAGACAUCAACAUUGACCUUUAACCUCACAGGUUCCCAUGGUCUUCUGACUGUGGUCAUGUCAAACCACAUACCCUCCUCCUGGCUAUUUCUUUCUGUUUUAGUGCACAUUUAAUUUCUGCAGUUCUUUCUGCUAAAUGUAAGCAGUUUAAUGUGUGAACCCUGUAGAUUUGUUUAAUUAUAUUGUUGUUCGACGUAAAAGAACAGAUGAAGAGUUUCCAGUUUGCACUGCACCUGCUCCUGUGUGAUCUGUCUGUACAUGAACAUACUGAAAUGAAGCAGAAUAUGUGCUAUGACAAAAAAUAUUUAAACUAUAAAGUGAUAUACAUAUUUAAAGAUGAUGGUAUUAUUUUUGUUUGUCAUGCUGUAAAAAUUGGAUUUUUUGCUGUUUUGAGCUUUAUUUGUGAAAUGUGUAUUGUAAAUGUGACAGAGUAAACGGACUAGUGCUCAUCAGCUGCUGUAACUGAAUAAGUGUCGCACAGCUUUGUGUGAGCCGAUGCACCGCUGCAGAUUUAAAAUUGUGGGUAUUCAGAUGUCAUAACACCUAAGUAAAUCCUUGUCAUUUGAUUGAAG